AUGGCGAACCAAGUAGUUGAGGCCAUCACAAAGAAGCUAGAUCAAGUUCUGUUGACUGCCGGUUUAGCUCCUAAUGCUGCUCACACACACACUGAGCCAUGUUCUUUCUGUUCCAGUCCUAUGCAUCAUAUAAAUAACUGCCCUAUUACUGGAAAUUACACUGAUAUUGCAAAUGAGCAGCAAGUUCAAGCCAUCACCACCUUGAGAAGCGGCAGAAUAGUUGACAAUCAUGUGGAGGAGAAAAAGGAUGAGCACACGGAGGUUGCACAGAACCUGCAGAAUGAUAAUAGCAAGCAAGCAAGCAAUGAGGUUUCGUCAUCAGCGGCAUCCACUCCAGAGAUCCCAUAUGAGCCACGGGCCCCCUUCCCGGAACAUGCCAUUUCACAAGUCCCCGCCUAUGCCAAAUUCCUUAAAGACUUGUGUACUCAAAAGAGGAAGACCAGAAAUACCAUCCCCAAGAAAGUCCUUCUGACUGAGCAAGUAAGUUCCCUGAUUAAGCACAACACUCCUCCAAAGUUCAAGGACCCCGGGGCUCCUACAAUUUCCUGCAUCAUCGAAAAAAGCGAGAUUGAUCGAGCACUCUUAGAUCUGGGAGUUGGUGUGAAUUUACUUCCCUAUUCAGUAUAUCAGCAGCUUGGCCUAGGUGAGCUGAAACCCACCACCGUGAUUUUGCAACUAGCUGAUCGCAUUGAAGGAUAUGUAGAAGAUUCACUACCCAGUCUCCUGACGAAGGUUCCAGUGGAAGCAUGCCUGAACUACUUUGACUUUGAAGAAUUCAACACCGACCAGUACAUUCAAGAGGUCUAUGAUUUGCUCGAAACAGCUGCAAGUGCAGAUUUCCAUCCUUGGAAAGUAGUAAAGGAGCCCCUACCUGCGACUGCCAGCACUCCUCCUGUUCCAUCUCUGCUGUCUCCACCAAAGCUUGAGUUGAAGCCCCUGCCAGCAAAGCUCAAGUAUGCAUUCCUGGGGUCUAACAACACCUUGCCGAUUUAA